GGUGUGAGUCACAGGCUCGUGCUCCGGGCCCCUCGGUGAGCGACCCGACCGGUCCCCGGGAAGAGGGGUCUGCGCCCCCGCUGCCCCGGCCCGGCCUUGGCGGGGUGCUGGAGCUCCGGUCCGCCCGGUCUGGCUCCGGAGCCAGGGCUGGGUUUCCCUCAUGUAUGGCCCGGGCCCGACGCGUGCGGCGCUGCUCCUCCUGGGCGUGCGGCUCUCAGCGCUGUGGUCCGCGGCGGCGGUGGAGAUCUACACGUCCGGGGCGCUGGAGGCGGUCAACGGCACCGACCUGCGGCUCAAGUGCACCUUCUCCAGCUUCGCGCCGGUGGGCGACGCGCUGACCGUGACGUGGAACUUCCGGCCUCGGGAUGGGGGCCCCGAGCAGUUCGUAUUCUACUACCACUUGGAUCCCUUCACACCCAAGAACGGGCGGUUCAAGGACCGGGUGGUCUGGGUCGGGAACCCCGAGCGGUAUGACGCCUCCAUUAUGCUGUGGAAGCUGCAGUUUGAUGACAAUGGCACCUACACCUGCCAGGUGAAGAACCCACCCGAUGUGGAUGGGCUGGUGGGGACCAUCCGGCUCAGUGUUGUGCAGACGGUGGCCUUCUCUGAGAUCUAUUUCCUGGCUCUGGCCAUUGGCUGUGCCUGUGCGCUGAUGAUCAUCAUAGUAAUCCUGGUCGUCCUCUUCCAGCACUUUCGGAAAAAGCGACGGGCUGAGAGAGCUCAUAGAGUGAUGGAGAUAAAAUCAAAAGAAGAAGAAAAGCUCAACCAAGAAAACAAGGUCUCUGUGUUUUUAGAAGAUACAGACUAACAUUCCUAGAUGGAAGCUGAAGAAUUCCAAGAACAAGGAUCCUAACAUUCCUUGCAGUUAAUACUGCCUGAAGUUAAUGGAAAUUUUCAUUUGGCUUUUCCAGUUAUGGCCUGUCUUCCUACAAUUUCUGCAGUGUAUACCCACCUGAUAAGCAAUGUCCCCCUGCAGGCAGCACAGGGCUCUUGAACAAACACAAGACUCACACAGACUCAUUAGGAACAUUUUAUUUAAUUUCAGAAUGUGAAUAGUUUUUCAAAUGUUUUGUGUUAGUUUGUAAACUAAGAAGCUACAUUUUUUGCCUUUAAACACUCCUGGAGUAUGACUUUGUGCGCACACAUACUAGCAUCAAAAGGGGAUAAAAGCCACUUAUCUGCAGUUUCCUUUUACAUACUGGUUUCUUUACAGCAGCAUUCUUGCUACUAAAGUUAGAAUUUGUUAUCCUUCCUUCUCAUAU